CGAUCUCAAAAGACAAAACCCGAUCUAAAAAAAAAAAGACUUGCCCCAGGCCGGAAACAAGUCGCCACGCCGUUCCCCGGCCGACCUCGCUUCGCCCCGACCACCGCAGGGCCAUGGAGCCGAACGCCACCGUUGAGGCCGACGCCGAGGACGACUACAUGGGGGACCUGUCCCACUUCCUCCCGCCAAGCCCGCCCUCUCCCUCCAGGAGCCUCGGGGUCCGGAAGCAACCCCCCAAGCCGGCUCCGCCGGCGCGAGGGCACGCGAAGCGCGCCAAGGGGCUACCGUGGAAGGAGCGCCGGCGGCAGGAGCGCGAGAGGAGCCAGAGAGAGGAGGACGCCCGCACCUUGGCCGGGAUGGCGGAGGCCAUCCCGGAGAGCAACGUUGGGUUCAAGAUGUUGAAGCAGAUGGGAUACGACCCGGCAGCCCGCGGCGCCGGCGCCGAGCCGGUUGGAAUCGAGAUCCGCCGCUCUCGGGCCGGACUCGGGGCGGAGCCAGAUGCUUCUGUGGCGCCGCUGCCGCAGCCAUCGGAACCCAAGACGCGGGAGGAGGAAGAAAGGGAGAGGAAGCGGGAGGAGGAGAUGGUGGUGGAGCUGAGGUCGAGGAAGAGCACGCAAUGGAAGGGACGGAGGUUGGUGUGGGACUACCGCAAGGCUGAGGCGGCGCUCGCGCAGCUGGAGAACAGGGAGGUGGAGCCACCGGCCCCCGAUGGGGAGGAGAAGGAGAAGGGAGAAGAUGAAGAGGAAGAGGUGAUCACUGAAGAGGGUUUACAAACCAUAUUGGAUAAGCUGCGUGUUCAACACCACUAUUGCCUUUACUGUGGAUGCAAGAAAUGUAGGGAAAGGCUGCGUACUAUAGACCCAAAGUGGUCGGACCCUUCCCUGGACCCUGCGCAAGCGGGAGCUACAUGCACCAGUUUGAAUCAGCAGGAGCACUGGCAAAUGAAUGCCCUGGGCCUAAUGAAGAUGAUCACUGAUCCACUCUGUCAAUGGUGACAAGGGCACUGUCCUUCCCACUGCAGAUUAUGGUAAAUGUGACAUUUGGGAUAUUCUUGAUUAGUUGACUGUGUACGGUUAACCUUAGUCCUUAACACAAUCACUGGUUCAUAGCCAACUGGAGAAACUGAGCUCCAGCAUGUUAGUGGAAACAAUAUAUUCUUAACUACUAUUAUGUGUAUUAGUUCUGUAUGAAAUGUCUCAACAUGUGAAAUCUUUUUGGGUCAGUUUGAAAUUACAGAGAUGGAAUGGGAAGCUUCAA